AUGACGACUGCAUUUCCUCUUCUUCGUCUACCGUACCUUGUACUUAUGCCUGUCUUGGAACAAAUGGAAUUUCUGGAUAGAAUCGCACUCUCUAUUCUUUCCAAACGUGUCAGAAUGUUCUUGAAACUUCUCAAAAUGAAGUGUGAGUACAUCAAUUUAAUACUGAAGGAUAACACAAUCGAGAUGAAAGUGUUGUUUGAUAAUAGGAAAGAAUUGAAAGUGGAUAUUUCAAUGAUCGGAUACCAUCAAGGGUUGAAAUGUGGACAUGACGACAUUCGACUGUGGCCUCGUACACUACCCCCAAUAUAUUAUGUACUUCCGAUCAUGGACGUCACUCACUGCAAGUCGAUUAAGAAAUUGAUAAUCGCUGAAGCAUCUGCAAACGACCCUGGAUACGACACUACUAUCCCACUGCUCACAAAGCUUUCUAAAAUUGAUGAAGUCGUUGUUGACGACUUCACUUCGUACAUCUUUUCUCCGGACUCACCUCUUCGAAACGCUUUGAGAAUUGUUUUACCAGUAUCUCCUGCAGUUACCAUUUCUUAUCACGCUCUAAAACCCGAAGAACUCCGAGAUAUAAUCAGAGGGAAUUUUGAGUCUGUGACUGUGAGAAAAUAUAGUGCUGACUUCAUGCCAAAUCGCGAUAUGAAAUUUUCUCUCAACGAUUUGAUGAUGACAAACGUUAGGUCACUCGAGCUUGCUGGCCCAGCCUUCAAAGUAGAAGACCUAAACCGCUAUUUCAAGUUGUGGAUGAAGAAAAAAUGUAAUCCUCGUCUGGAAUAUUUGCAAGUGGCGACAAGAAUGUGGGAAAGGAGGGAAGAAUUGAAUCUCCUUCUGAAAGGACUCAAAGUUGGUCUAGUUUGUUCCAUUAGAACAGAUCAAACAUUCCGAGUUUUGGGAAAUAUAAAACAGUUCAUUUCGGAAAUUGAGGGUGAGUGGCUUCUUGAUUCAUUUUGCAUAAGAAGAGUCGACGGGAGAAGAGCAACAGUCAGAAUCGGAACUCGUGGAACUGUUUGUUUCUACGUUUGGCCAGAAUCUACCAACAAUACAACGCAUCUUGAGCCAAAUCGGUCUUCAUUCAUGCCUAUCAGACGGAAUGUGUUCGACAACGACUUGAUCAAUUUUUGGGAGUUUGGCGACGAUUGGGAUACAAUCGUGUUCAGAAAUUCUAACGAUUAUGAACUUAUCGAUCGACUUGCAAUGCACGACGUCCAUAAUUGA